CAAAGAUUCCUGACGAAGUACACGCACUACCGUCCCACCAGCUCUCCCACAGAACACCAGAAGGAAGCAGCAGGCUGCUUUCCUUCCAUAGCCAAGACACAAUAUGAGUGCUAACACCAUGGCAUCCAACUCUGCGAAGACAUCCGAUACGAGCGUGCAACAGCCUUCUCUCCGUCAGGUCAUCUCACAAGUAAAACGCAACCGGAGUCCAUACGCCAUUCUUGGCAUUCAACCCGAAAGUACUGAGCGAGAUGUUACAAUCGCCUACCGCAAACUGGCGCUACUUCUGCAUCCAGACAAGUGUACGGACGAGAAGCAGAAACAACUUCACACUCAACUCUUCAUCAAGAUCGACGAAGCCAAAGAUGCUAUACUCCAACCCACUGUCCUCUUCCAAGGCGAGGGGAGCGAGGAGGUGAGCAUGCAACCCACCAAGAGUCCGUGGAACAACCCGAUGUUUCGAAAGAAGGCAGGCAGGCGCGGCAAAGGCUUCAACCGAUGGGAACCACGAGCAGAUGGCUGUUACCACUGGGUGCCAAGACCGAACAAAUACAGGGAUGGUGAAGGUUCAGACGACGAAGUCAUAGAAACAGCAGAUGCAUCGGACGACGAAUGGGUUUGGACCUCAGCAAAGCAGCCAGCCGCUGAGUCUCAAUCUGAACAAGACGCCCACGAUGACGAGCCUUCAGAAGCUGAACCUCAGUCAUCGCAAAACGCCACCUGCGAAUCAGAACACGACGACGAAGAAGAUUCUGAAGACUCAGACUCAGACUCAGAGUCAGAAGAACCAGAAUCCACUUCGCUCAAACUCCGCGACAACCUCUGGAUCACACCAAGCGGCAAACAAAAGCAAAACCUCGGCAGAGGCGAACUCGUCCACGCACCCCGUCCCAUCGCAAAUGCCUGGGCCGAAUACCAUGCUGCCCGGUCCAAAGCUCACCAGAAGUGGGCUUGGAACCAGGAAAAGCAGAGUUUCAACAAUUCUAAUGCCCUUGCAAGUAUUUACUACGCAGGCUGGUGGCAAGAAGAUGGUCCGGCGAUGUUUGCGGAAGAAGAAGCUGAGCUGGCGGUGGAGCACGAGGAUAUUCUUGAGGAACAUGAGAUUCCGAGUUCUGUUCCGUUUUGUUUGGGGGAUUGGCUUCCGGAGUCGUGA